GAGAGAGAGGGCAGGGAGGAAGGUGCGCUCCUCUCUGAUUGCAACACUCUCUCUCUGUCACAUUGACAAGGUGUCUGUUCGGCUCCAUCUCAUUCUGUCUGUCUCUCUCACACACACACACACUCACACAGUGGUGGUGCUGCAGAGACAUGCUGUGAAAUCCAGCAGCAUCAUCGGGACAGACUCGCGGCAUCAGCGCAGCGCUGAUAUCAUCGGUCAGCAGUGACAAUCAUAACAACCUGGACCGAGGAGGACGACAACACAGGCAUCACGCUGGGGUCCGCAGAGUGUGCGGGCCGGCCAGAGGCCAUGAGGCUGGUCCAUAAUGCAGAGAAACAGUCUUUCUCCUUUAAGAAGUGCGCUGCCUUCCAGUUUGUCAAGAGGAAGGUGCGCAGGUGGAUGAGGAAUCCGAAGGUGAAUGUGGAGAAGGUGCAGGCUAAGGGCUUCCUGUCUCCAUGUCCGAAAUGUCAGGAAGGCCAGGACCUGUGGUACACACACUUCCCAGCUCCUUAUGGCUGCUGCCACUACAGUCCUGGAGGAUACUACCUCCCUCACCCCCCCAGCCCUCUCUGUCAGCCCUGUGCCCCAUGCACACCUUGCCAGACAGACAAGAACAAGACAUGCAAGGUGAGAAAAUGGAAGAUGCUCAGUCGACAUCACAAUGAUAGUAAGGUGAAGGAGGCCGAAUCAGAGGGUCAUGUGAUCUGCCCCUGGACGAUGUCACCACUGCUGGGAAGCCCCGUACUGCUGGAAUGUUGCAUCUGCAACGGACCUUUCAUCACUUACGGGCAUGAGGAGGCAUGGCAACCACGUCAGCGCACACAGGCAAUGGACCUUUACUACCAUGGACACCCUGACUCUGAUUAUUGCUGUCCAUCUGACACCACCUUUAUGAAACAGAGAAAGAUGGGACUGAAUGACUUUAUCCAGAAGCUUUCCACAAACUCUUAUGCAUGCAAGCAUCCUGAGGUUCAGUCCAUCUUGAACUUGACACCUCCACAAGAUGCUGAGCUGAUGAACAGCAACCCUUCCCCACCGCCAAGUCCUUCUCAGCAGAUAAACCUCGGCCCUUCCUCCAACCCCACUGCCAAACCGUCAGACUUCGACUUCCUCAAGGUCAUCGGAAAAGGCAGCUUUGGAAAGGUUCUUCUGGCCCGCCACCGGAGCGAUGAGAAGUUCUAUGCAGUCAAGGUGCUGCAAAAGAAAGCCAUCUUGAAGAAAAAAGAGGAGAAACACAUCAUGUCUGAGCGCAACGUGUUACUGAAGAAUGUCAAGCAUCCUUUCUUGGUGGGCCUGCAUUACUCCUUUCAGACUGCUGAUAAACUCUACUUUGUACUGGACUACAUCAAUGGCGGAGAGCUGUUUUAUCAUUUGCAACGGGAGCGAUGCUUUCUGGAGCCACGUGCACGGUUCUAUGCAGCCGAGAUCGCAAGCGCCUUGGGGUACCUGCACUCACUGAACAUAGUGUACCGAGACUUGAAGCCUGAGAACAUUCUCUUGGAUUCUCAAGGACACAUCAUCCUGACCGACUUCGGCCUGUGCAAAGAGAACAUAGAACCCAAUGGAACAACAUCAACUUUCUGUGGAACACCAGAGUAUUUGGCACCGGAGGUGUUACACAAGCAGCCGUAUGACCGGACGGUGGACUGGUGGUGUUUGGGAGCAGUGCUGUAUGAAAUGUUAUAUGGCCUGGUGAGUUAUUCCAGAAAAAAAAUUUGAUUUCAUGUCUUUAAUUGAAUGUAUUUAACUCAUUAGUUUAAUUGAAUUGGAAUUGCCUUGAGUACUUGGCUUUUUACAU